AUGUCUUCACCAUACCCAGUUCUUGGAACGAAAUCCAUAGACCAGUGGAAGGUUACUGAGUUAAAAGAAGAGCUUAAAAGGCGGAGAUUGAAAACCAAUGGUUUGAAGGAUGAUUUGAUUAGACGGUUGGAUGAUGCACUUCGUGUUGAGAAGGAAAAUGAUGAAGCACUUCGCAUUGAGAGGGAAAAUCAUGAAGCCCUUCGCAGUGAGGAGGAAAAUGCUGCCAAGGUUGUGGUGGAUGCGGAUAAUGACCCCCCUAUAUUUGGGGUGGGAAAUGCAGAAGCAGUACCAGUUGUUGCUGAGACAGUUAAAGAUGUUGUGGAUGAUGCCACCAACAAAGAUGAGAAUGUUGAUAAUGUUACGGUUCAGGUUGGCAUCAAUGAGAGUGUGAAAGCCACGGGUCCUGGAGAACUUCAAGAGGAGGUCCAAAUGGGUGUUAUUGAUUCUUCUAGGGUAGAAGAGGAGUUCACUGCUAAUGCAACUACUGUGGAGACCAGUAUUACUGUUACUGAGUGUGUGGUGUCAGAAGUAGCAUUGAGUGGGCAAGAUGUGCAAAAUUCUAGAACACAGGAGGCGAAUGAAAACUCAAAUAUCCAGCUGGAGAAUGAGGAUUUAAAGCCCCAGCUGGAGGAUGAGAGUUUGAAGCCUCCAGACGAGAAUGUCGUGCCUGAGUCUUCUGCUCCAGACAACCAGGUAUCUGAGGUCAGCCCUAAUUUAGGGUUUCAAGUAAAAUCUGAUUCUAUUUCUACUGAUUCUGUAUCAAUUAAUGAAAAGAUUGAACUAAAGGAUAAUAUAAUUGCUGAUAAUGUCAAAUUAGAACUAGAUGAUGUUAAGCCAGAGAUGGUGGAACCAUCAUCCAGUAAUGUUGUCCCAGUUGGUGGCGAAUCACAUCCGAUGGAUGUUGAAGAGCCACCAGAGAAGAGGGAAUCUGUUGAAGAGAAAGAUGACAGCAAUGGUACAAAUGCAGAUAUGAGCAAGAAAAAUGAUAGUGUUGAUGUGGGGUACUCAGAAAAGUUGAAUUUAGACAGGAGUUCUGGUGAUGACUCCAUGGAGGAAGAUGUUCUAGAGAGUAAGCAAAUUGAUUCAAAGUAUAAUUCUGAUGAAGUGGGUGAUGGGAGUGAAAAGAAAAAUGAAGUGUCCAUUGUGAAGGAGGAAAAUCUUGUUGAUGUUGCUGGAAAGGACUUGUCUAUUGAUCAAAAGGAGAUCCGUGUUGAGAAUAAGAUUUGUCCAGUUGUGCCUGUGGAGAAAAGAAAGCUUAAUGAUCAAGAAACUGUUGGAAGCACAGAACCUUUAAAGCGGCAACGCAGAUGGAAUUCUGAGAGCAUCAAGGUUCCUGAACAGCAAAGCUCUAAUCUUACACCCACCACCACACCUAAGGAUGGGUUUCAGCCGACUCCUUUGAGACGCAACUUCUCCCGAUCUGACUCCUCUGUUAGUGAGGGGGCACCCAAGGAACGCGUUGUUCCACCAUCACAAAAACCUCCAACCAAUUCUCUCAGAAUUGAUCGUUUUCUGCGUCCUUUUACUCUAAAAGCUGUCCAAGAACUUCUGGGCAAAACUGGGAGUGUCACCAGUUUUUGGAUGGAUCAUAUCAAAACCCAUUGCUACAUUACGUAUUCAUCUGUGGAAGAGGCCAUCGAGACACGAAAUGCUGUUUAUAACCUACAAUGGCCACCAAAUGGUGGACGGCUUUUAGUGGCCGAGUUUGUUGACCCUCAGGAAGUGAAAAUGAGGGUGGAUGCUCCUCCUCAGUCUCCAGCUACUCCUGUCACUCCUAGUGCGGCUACACCUGCUCCUCCCACCCUGCAGCCACAGCCCUCUCCCCGUCAACAGGUUUCUAGGCAGCAACUUCCACCUCCUCCUUCCCUUCCACCUCCACCACCACUAUCUAACCCACCCCAUACCAGGGAACGGGUUGAUCUUCCUCCACCUCCUCCACUUCCUGAGAAACAUGAUCCACCAAUUGUCACUCUGGAUGACCUCUUUCGGAAGACCAAAACAGCUCCUCGGAUCUACUACUUACCGUUAUCAGAAGAGCAAGUUGCAGCAAAACUUGCACAACGUAGAAAAAACAUCAAGCAGUAG